AUGUGGCCCUGGAUGGUUUGUCGCGCUCGUGACAGGUGAACGCACAAACUGCUGACUAGUUGAUUGCGACGCAACCGCCACUGAUAACCUCUUCACGUCCCGAUUUUCUUUUUUUUCUCUUGUUAAGGCCAUUGUACUCACAGCGUGUCUUGAAAUCGCUCAAGUUGCUAUCUUUUUUCCCUCAGCGUGACAGGAGAUUUAUCUUGAAAAUACAGGGGCCCUCAAAAACCAUGUGGCUGGCUGGAGUUAUGCCGUGUUAGAGGUAGAUUCUCCAAAAUUCUAUAUCAGCUCUGACUCUUCAGAAUUAUUUACCUUUUUCUUUCUCUGACUGCUAUUUUGAAUUUAGUGGAAUUACUUCGAACAUUACAUUAUGUCAAAAUUAAACUUGAGGGUUCGCGUUCAGAAACUUAACUAAAGUGAGCUUUAAAUUUCAUUAUUUCCAGGUCCUGCUUUUUAAAUUUUUAUAGUCUGUUCAGAUUUUUGAUGUCAAGUGCAAUGACGUCAUUCAAAAACACUCUGUGAAUGGCUGGCUCUCUGAUUGGUUUAUCGCACCAUUAUGGGCGGAGCUUGAGCGACGACUUGACAUUCAAAAUCUGAACAGACUAUAGUUGAUCUUGCGUUGAUAAUAGCUGCGACACGGCUUUUUUAAAACGUCCAAAAAUUCUUUUUGAUUUAAUUUCAAAGAAAAGUCAAUCAAAUAAUUUCGAUUUUAACUUAUUCCAUAAUAGUAUUUUACAUUUACAAUGAAGGGUCAACUUUGAAAAAUCUUGUCUCCAAAUUUUGUGCGAAUUCGACACUAUGAUUAAUCUUUAUAUAGGGAGAAUGGUUGGGCGAAGUUAUGGAAAGUUCGAAAUUAACGAAAUAACUUCUAGAAGAAUUCUUUUGUUCGGAUGGUCAGAUCGCCCUUCAUCUGAGAUCCGUUUUUGAAGGUCACUUUGGUGUCGUGACCGUUCUCGCAAUCUUUCACUAAUCGUUUAUCGAUAAAUUUUCUUUUCUUUUAGACGAUACAUUAUAAAUUCAUUUUCUUCUUUCUACAUAUGUUAUUCAAAACUCAUAGUCAACCCCAAAAAAAAUUUUUUUCUGGAACUUAAAGCAUGAAAAUAUUUUAGACUAAAAAUAUAUAUUAUUGAGAUCUCGUUGUUUCUAAACCCCCGACACGCUUUUUCAAUCAGAUUUUACUUGUUCUUUCUGGAAGAAUGAAAAUAUGUAAGGCGAUCAAUGUUUCAUUUUUGAAAGGAUAUUUCCCCUUUUUUCUGAAACUAUUUCACUGUUUCAUAAAACCGCUUGCAUGAGAUAAUGUAGGGUCUUCACAUAAAUACCAAAACAAUGUUUGAUGAAAAGAGGUUUGCAAGUCCUUGAGCUUCUUUUUGAAUCUUCUCUGUGGUAAGCUUGAUUUUUCACGGUAGUCUGACUUGUGCAGAAAAAAAGGUUGGUAAGGCGAUUGGUGGGGUUGGGAGGCGGAGCAGGCGAAUGAUACGGACCCAUUAUCGGCAAAAAGAGUACAAAUUUGCUCGGAGAGCGAUCCGAUAACAACUUUUUGAGCCUCCAUUCUGUCUUUUUCUUUGUCUUUCCCACUUCUUUCCGUUUUUCAGAAGUUCGCUCAAAAUGCCCGAAUCCCUUGCUCGACAGAACUUCCACACCGAGGUUGAAGCCGCGAUCAACAAGCAGGUUUGUACUAGUUUUUCUUGCUUGAUUUAUUCAGUAUAUUUUGAAGGUCUCUGUCCGAAAUACAAGUUUUAAGGUGAUAUAAUAGUUUCUUGGGAGUUUUCAGGUGAACAUCGAACUGUACGCCUCGUACGUCUACUUGUCGAUGUCCUUCUAUUUUGAUCGUGACGACGUCGCUCUUCCCAACAUCGCCAAGUGGGAACUCCAUUUGAUAUUUUUCCUCUUUCUCCGAAGUGGCCUUGUGCACUUGUUGAAGAGCCAGUCUCAGAAUUGAGUUUUUUUGAGUAGGUUCGAUUCCUGUCGAGUGCAAAUUUUUUUUGCUUUUUUUCUUGAAGUCAAAAAAAUUUUUUUGUAAAAGUACGAAAAUCGAGAAAAUUUGGAAUUUUUUUAUCAAUAUAAUUUUUGUUUAUUAGCUUUAAGUUCGUUCAGCUAAAAAAAAUUUUUUUAUAACUCGAUAAUCCACCGAGCCUUCAACUCGAUUCUCGUCCCCGAGUAGUUUUAGUGAGCUUUAACUCUGACGAUCCCGAGUAGCUCCCUAGACAGUUUUUAUUUCGUUACUUGUCUAAAUUUCGUUUAAAGUACAUGUGUUAUUUUUUUAACCCACAGUGUGUUUUUAAGUGAUUUUCUAACUAUUUUCACGGCGGAAGGGGACAGUUCAGUUAGACUCUAUAAAUGUUGAUUACAGCUUCUUCCGCAAGCAGUCCGACGAGGAGCGGGAACAUGCGAUGGAGCUGAUGCGAGUUCAGAAUCUUCGUGGGGGCCGCGUCGUCCUUCAGAACGUGCAGAAGCCCGAGAAAGACGAGUGGGGAACUGCUCUCGAGGCCUUCCAAGUGACUCAUUCUUGAGUCUUCCUGCUGCUAACUCCUAGUGUUUCAGGCCGCCUUGGCUCUCGAGAAGUUCAACAACGAGUCUUUGCUCGCUUUGCACGGCACCGCCAACAGCCACAAUGACGUCCACAUGACGGACUUCCUCGAGGAAAAGUACCUCGAUGAACAGGUCUGUCUUCAUUUUUCAUUUUUCCGGGUACACGAUAGCGUCUUGAAAGUUGCAAGGGCUGUUCUGCUCUUUUAAGAGAGUAAAUUGACUAUAAUUUUGAACUGAAUAAUUUCUAACAAGUUUUGGAAAAUAAACAUGAACGAUGUUCAGAAAAAUAACUGACCGCAAAUAGCAAAAUAAAAAACUAGAAAAUGAAAAAGUUUCAAACUUAUUUCAGUUGACAAAUCAAAAUAGUGACGUUCAUAAUUUUAAGAUACUUUUUUUCUCAUUUCUAAUCUCUUCAAAAAGCUUGAACGGAUCUUGAAAAAAUGCAUCAGUUCGCUAUUUUUAGUGUAAAAAAAUCUUCAUUGAUUAAGCGUUCUUUUGAUAAUUUUGAGGUUUUCUAAUUCACAUUUUUUGUUAUUCAGGUUAAAUCGAUCAAUGAGAUCGCCAAGAUGGUGACGUCGCUGAAGCGCGUCGGCCCCGGCAUGGGCGAGUACGUCUUCGACAAAGAGAACUUCGACUAA